CAAAGCCUCAAUGAGAAAAAACCGACAACUAUGAAUGGCCAAAGAUGAUAACUAACUCCAAUAACAAAAGAGGCAAGGAAUCUUCCUUUUAACACUCAACCUUUGGGUUUGGUGGAACUUAGUUUCAGAAAUUAAACCUAAGAAAUUAAUCCAUCAAGCAAUAAAGUUGAACCAACAAAAAAUAACUAACUCCUAACAUGCACAACACACAGCUAUACAAAUUUGAAUCUCUAAUUCUUUCCAUCUUUGCAAGCUUGCAAACACACAAUCCAUUGAGCUCCAUGGAGACUACCAAAUAACAAUCAUACUUAUGAAACCACAAUCCAAAGAUUUUUUCAAAAGCAAAAUUACAAAACUCAACUCAUGUACACAAAAAAUGAAACAAGAAGAAUCUGAUAUAACAAAAUCUUAAUGAGAAAAGAUAUCGACAGAAAUGCUUAGGAAUAUUAUGUUUCCAUUUCAAAGAGCCAAAUAACAAGAGGAAGCUUCAUUCAAAGUCACGUACCAUUCUAAAAUCAGCAAGAUGUGAUACAAUAAGUCCAUACCACCUAAGUUAAAUGCAAUUGUCAUGGAACCAAAUAAUCUUAGUGGACCAAAACCGAACAUGAAAACAAAAUCUCAACAAGAAAAGACAUCUAUAAAGAUGCUUAGGGAUAUUAUUGUUUCCAUUCAACGUGUCAUAUAACAAUUACAUACCAGUUGAGUUAAACACAAUUGUCAUGCCAUAGGAUAAUUUUAGUGUUUCCCCCAAGUAUAACUAUAACAAUGCUAUUUGAAAAAUAAAAAUAGAAGAACUUGACAAGAACAGCUAGCAAAUAAAGUAAAAGUAAGGCAAUAAGAAAUGAAUAAAGCAACAGCUAACCACAUUCAUUACCAACUCAUUUUACUGAUUGAACAAACCCAAGCUCACAAAUAAAGUAUUAUAACCUUAACCUAAACUCAAAACCUCCAAUAUAUCCUAAAUAAAUUUAACCCCAAUACAACCCUAAGAUAAUUAUCCAUUACUUUCUAAAUAGAAGGCCUUAUAUUGUUAAAGACUAACCCUAACCUUAAGACAACAUUAACUUACUUUCUCAAUGAAUAAUCAUAACAUAACAUUAGAAAAACUCAAUGAGAACACACAUCUAAUGAAAGACGAAAAAAGACACGUAUUUAGAGUUUUAGAGAAUACAAUAUGAAAAGAGGUAAGCUUUCUUUUGAAAUGGCAUAUCAUUCAACAUAUGGUAUCGCAAAGCAGUAGCCUGGAUAAGUUCCUUUGGAACCAAAAAGAAAAAUCCAUUAAAAAAAUUACAUUUGUUCUGUGAAUAUCCCACUACUUUACAACCAAUGCCAUAAAUAAACAUGAUGAAAAUAUUGGUAUUUGUACUCACCUAGAUAACCUCUCUCCAUUUUAGUAUCAUUAAUGCAAAAAUUAAUAGAUUUUUAUGAGCAAAACAUUAAAUGAUAAUUGAUCUUCCUAAAAAAGUAGUUUCUCAAUGAUAAUUACAAAAAUCCUAUACCAUAAAAAAAAUCCAAAAUACUAACUGUGGGAAAACAUUUAGUUACAAGUGAUUGUAUUUUGUAAUCUGCUGAUUGUAAUCUGUAUAUAUCUGUAUCUCCCUAAAAUUGAGAAUUUGUAUCUCUAGAAUUAAGGACAGAAUAUCAGGAUAGACAAUUCCUUGAUUAUAGGGAUUAGAUUUAGGAAUAUUUAGUUUCCUAGUUUACUCUCUAGCUAGCUGUAUUUAAAUCUAUGGUGUUUGUAUGAUUCAAGACACAAGUUUUCAAUAUACUCUCAUUUUUCCACAUGGUAUCAGAGCUUUAGACUCUUCUUGGGAAGAAAAUUUCUCAGCCUUCAUUGCUGAAUUUUUUUUUAGGCCUUCAUAGCCAAAUUUUUAAGUCUGUCAUACUUUUAUUUUGUUCCUUUUUUUUUUUUUGGCCUUCAUUGCCUAUACUUGUUUCAGUCCUGAGAAAGGUAAUCAUGUCAGAAAUAGCAGAAUCUGCAGCUACUACUCGAUUUGGAGAAGUAACAACUGGUCAAACCACAGCGGAAUUACAGAAUAUCCAAGCUGCAUACAGGUUGAAUGGAAAGAACUACUUGAAGUGGUCUCAGUUGGUUCAAACCUUUCUAAAAGGGAAAGGAAAAUUGAGCCAUCUUCUUGGCACUGGUCCUGAGAAAGGAGAUCCAAAAUUUGAGACUUGGGAUGAAGAGGAUUCUAUGGUUAUGUCAUGGCUGUGGAAUUCUAUGAUGCCAGAUAUUAGUGACACUUGUAUGUUUUUGUCCACGGCCAAAGACAUUUGGGAAUCAAUUCGUCAAACCUAUUCCAAAGUUAAAGAUGCUGCUCAAGUCUAUGAGGUCAAGAUCAAGACUGCAGCUCUCAAACAAGGGAAUAAGUCAGUCACAGAGUAUGCUAUUCUUCUUAAAAAUCUUUGGCAAGAGAUGGAUCACUACCGGUGCAUAGAAAUGAAGUGCAGUGAAGAUGCAACAACUUUGAAGAAAUUUAUUGAAAAAGAUCGAGUCUAUGAUUUUCUUGCUGGACUGAAUGUUGAGUUUGAUCAAGUCAGAGUCCAAAUUCUGGGAAAACAAGAUCUGCCUUCUUUAAAUGAAGUGAUAUCCAUGGUUAGAGCAGAAAAGAGCAGAAGAGGAGUGAUGCUUGACAGUGUGCAUGUAGAAAGAUCUGCUAUGGUCUCUAAUGGUGGGAAGAACCAAAGCUUAGAACAAUUACCAGUCAGUGAGAAUGAGAAAGGUGAUUCGGCUAAAACUUCAAAUCGCGACAAUCUUUGGUGCACCUAUUGCAAGAAGCCAAGACACACUAGAGAUCGUUGCUGGAAACUACAUGGAAAACCUUCAACUUGA